AAUAUAAAAUCACUUGGACUUUGGUGUCUUCCCCUUAUAUUUCAAAGCUAAUAAGUAGCCCUGAGAUUAAUGCCAAGCAAUUACGUACAAUACGGUAUAUCUUGUUCGGGGGAGAUCGAUCCCUAGCUGAGACAUUGGAAAAGAUGCAAUCGCAUCUGCAAUUUGAGGGAAUUCUUCAUCAAGUCUAUGGGCUGACAGAGAUGGGCUGCGGAGCCACCUGUAAUUUAGGACCUAAAUCAAAAUUGACAUCGGCGGGUCUAAUCCAACCUAAUAUUCGUAUGCGUAUUGUAAGCGAAAGUGGUGAAGUUUUGGGACCCAACGAACAAGGAGAGCUCCACUGUCAUCUUGGACAACAUUGGGGAGGAUACUAUGAUAAUAUUCCAGAAACGAGAGAGAUUCAGGACUCCGAAGGAUGGAUUCACACGGGAUUUCCUUAGGUUUUCAAUGAAAAUGUAUUAUCCACUUGAGAUCGAGGAAGUCAUAGCUCGAAUGCCGGAAGUGGCUGAAGUUUGUGUCUUUGGCAUUUGGAAUGAGAUCGACGGCGAUGCAGCAGCUGCUUCUGUGGUAGCUAAAGCAGGAUGUCAGUUAACAGCCAAUCAAGUGUUGGAGUUUGUUGCGGAAAACAUCAGUGAAGACUAUAAGCAGCUGCAUGCAGGAGUUCAGAUCGUUUCAAAUUUAGCUAAGAAUCUUAACGGCAAAGUUAAACGGCACACUGUAAAAGAGGAAUUUCUCAAAGCAACAGGACAAAUCUGAGUGAUAUAAUUCUCGCGUAAUUUUGAUGCUCAGUUAAUGGUGAAGCUUAUUUGGAAUACCCGCGGUUUCAAUAUUUUCCUUUGUUGUGU